AUGCAUGAGUCCAUUCGUGCUUUUGAGGUGAAGCUCAAACUUUUUGAACGUCAACUAGCAGCGAAUAAUGCUGCACACUUUCCUACACUGAAAUCAUUGCAAAGCACACCUGAGUUUCGUGGAAUUAUCAGCAGAGAAAAGUACUGCAACAUGAUUUCCAAGUUACUGAACGAAUUUGGAGAAAGAUUUGCAGACUUAAAGAACCUUGAGAGUGAUUUCUCGAUCUUUCGAAAUCCUUUCGCUGCAAAUCCUGAUGAGACACCAGAGGAUAUUCAGUCUCGGCUCACUAAUGAACACCUCAACUCAACACUGAAAGUAGCCAUUGCUCAGUCUCUGGCGCCAAACAUAGACGAACUUGUACAGACCAAGAGGUGCCAAGUUUCUGGGAGCAGCACGACCAGGAAUUAA